GAUAAUCAUAGAUUACAAUAAUGGUCGACUUUAACGUUAAUGGAAAAACUGCACUUAUCACUGGUGGUACUCGUGGUUUAGGUUACUAUUGUGCUGAAGCACUUGUUUUAAAUGGUGCUUCAACUGUUGUAAUCACUUCAAGAAAAGCCAAAGCAUGUGAAGAAGCAAAGAAAAAUUUGGAACAAACAGCUAAAGAAAAUGGGAAAACUUGUCGAAUUAUUUCCCUCCCAGCUGAUAUUGCCGUUGAACAGCAAGCUGAACAGUUUUAUCAAGAAGUUGCCAAACAAAUUGAUAAACUUGAUAUUUUAGUUGCCAAUGCUGGUGCUUCUUGGGGUGCCGGCUUAGAAGACCAUCCAGUGUCUGCUGUCAAGAAAGUGUUGGAUUUGAAUUUAGUUGCAGUUUUCCAUACAAUUAAGCUAUUCACUCCUUUGUUAGAAAAGGUCACUAGUCAAGAAGACCCAUCUAGAAUCAUUCUUAUGUCUUCCGUUAUUAGUUUGACCACCAAUGAUCUGGUAGGAACAUACGGUUACUUGGCAUCCAAAGCUGGAUUAUCUCAUUUGGGUAAGAACUUGGCUGUUCAAUUUGGUCACAGAAACAUCACUGUCAACUCUCUUGCUCCAGGUUUCUUUCCAAGUAAAAUGUCUAAUGGAUUAUUAGAAGUUGCUGGUGAUAUGAUGGUUGCUACAAAUCCUAGACAUAGAUUAGGAGUAAAAGAAGAUCUUCAAGGUGCAUUACUUUACUUAUGCUCCAAGCAAGCUAACUACAUCAAUGGGAUUGUUUUACCAGUAGAUGGAGGUGCCCACUUGAAUCCAGUCGGUGCCAAGUUCUAGAUUUUAUAUUUACAUUGUGUAUCUAGUUGAAACAAAUUUUUAUGUUGCUUAGAAUCGCGCGGAAUUUU